CUGAGGGGAUUGUGAUACCAUUCCUUGAGAGGACAAGGUAUGAAAGAAAGAACAAUGACUUUAGUUUUGGACCCGUUGACUUUGAAGAACUCCCUGUGGGACCCCCAGAUAGAGAGAACCAGUAAACAGUUAUAAAAAUGGAAAUAGAAUUUAGGAGAGAGAUACAGGCUUUACCUUACCACUAAGUAAAACCAGUAAAAUACUAUUGGUAAUCCAAGUGUAAACUGAUAAAAAUUUUAAUCACUGAGACUUUUUAUCAUUGGUACAGAGUAGGUAGAUAUUAUGGUACUUUUUAAAUUGGGUAUGGAUGUUAUAAGCAUGUAUUGUAUGUCAUACAACAAUCGGAUUUUUACAUUAAUAUAAUUCAAUGUCUUGUGAAUAUUAACUAUUAAUAACUGAAAACUAGCAUAUCUCAUUUUAAUUAUGUUAUUUUGUUAAUGCUAAUUUAUACCUUUUUUAAUAUUCAAGAUGAAAUAAAAACUUAGUGGGGUUUGUGGAUCUUCAUUAGACUGUAAAUUCCGUGAGGACUUGCAGCCAUGUGAUUUAAUUUUUUCCCUCUUAUUUCUCUAGGGCCUAUUCCCUGGUGGAUUCCAGUCAAGUGUCUACAUUUCUGAUUUCCAUUCUACUGAUAGUCUAUGGAAGUUUCAGGUCCCUUAAUAUGGACUUUGAAAAUCAAGAUAAAGAGAAAGACAGUAACAGUUCUUCUGGGUCUUUCAAUGGCAACAGCAGCAAUAAUAGUAUCCAAACUAUUGACUCUACCCAGGCCCUGUUCCUCCCAAUUGGAGCAUCUGUCUCUCUCCUAGUUAUGUUCUUCUUCUUUGACUCAGUUCAAGUAGUUUUUACAAUAUGUACAGCAGUUCUUGCAACGAUAGCCUUUGCUUUCCUCCUGCUCCCGAUGUGCCAGUAUUUAACAAGACCUUGCUCGCCUCAGAACAAGAUUUCCUUUGGUUGCUGUGGGCGCUUCACUGCUGCUGAGCUGCUGUCGUUCUCUCUGUCUGUCAUGCUCGUCCUCAUCUGGGUUCUCACUGGCCAUUGGCUUCUCAUGGAUGCCCUGGCCAUGGGUCUCUGUGUCGCCAUGAUCGCCUUCGUCCGCCUACCCAGCCUCAAGGUCUCCUGCCUGCUUCUCUCAGGGCUCCUAAUCUACGAUGUCUUUUGGGUGUUUUUCUCCGCCUACAUCUUCAAUAGCAACGUCAUGGUGAAGGUGGCCACCCAGCCGGCUGACAAUCCUCUUGAUGUUCUUUCCCGGAAGCUGCACUUGGGGCCCAAUGUGGGGCGCGAUGUUCCUCGCCUGUCUCUGCCUGGAAAACUGGUUUUCCCAAGCUCCACUGGCAGUCAUUUCUCUAUGUUGGGCAUUGGAGACAUUGUGAUGCCUGGACUCCUGUUGUGCUUUGUCCUUCGUUAUGACAACUACAAAAAACAAGCCAGCGGUGACUCCUGUGGUGCCUCUGGACCCGCCAACAUCUCUGGACGCAUGCAGAAGGUCUCCUACUUUCACUGCACCCUCAUUGGAUACUUUGUAGGUCUGCUCACUGCUACUGUGGCAUCUCGUAUUCACCGAGCAGCCCAACCUGCCCUUCUCUAUUUGGUGCCAUUUACCUUAUUGCCACUCCUCACGAUGGCCUAUUUAAAGGGUGACCUACGGCGGAUGUGGUCUGAGCCGUUCCACUCCAAGUCCAGCAGCUCCCGGUUCCUGGAAGUAUGAUGGAUCACAGAGUGUGACCAGAAUGGCCAUCUUAGUCCCUUUCUGUCAACGCGUGGUUUUGUUUCCUCUUAGAGUUGGCCUGGUACUCGGAGACGUACCUGUUUAAGGAACUGACGUGUGAUUGGAUUUUGCGUUUGCAGGGAGCUUGUUUGCAGGAGCGCGGUGCUGGAGCCCUGCUCGGAUCCUUUCUUCCUGCCGUUGUAGAGGUGGAGCCCCUCCUGAAGUGACAGGCCCUCCCCAGCGCUCCUCCUUCCCCAUUUUUAUGGAUCUGCACUAGACUGUUACCUGUGGGGGAUGGAGAUGUGACUCUUUAAAACUGACAACGGCAAGGAGUCGUUCUAUACCUUUUAAACACUAAAAGGAUGAAAAACGUUAGCAAACCGAAGUUUCUUCAGUGAACCCUCAAGAACUUUGGGACCAGUUUCCUGUGGGGGAUUCAGUUUCAGAGAACUGAGACAGAAGCUCUUCUGUCGUUAUAUUCUUCUUUCCUUUUUUUGGAUUUAUUAAAUAUUUUCUGUGGUGUGAAGUGACUUAUUAAAUCCACAGACAUUGAGUGACUUCUUACAACAUACACAUAAGAACUGUUGUAAAGAGUUCAUGUCCACCCAGAUGUUGUGUUGGCAGUGAAUGAGGGCACGGUUUUUAUACAUACACACACGCACAUAGGUAUAUAUGAAUAAAGAAAACUCCAAACCUGCUAAGGUCAUGCUGUGUAGCAGACGGGGGCUUGCUGUAAUUGUUAGCAUGUAGAGCCCUUGACUCGGGCUUCCUUGUAUAUGGAUAAGCUGCUGUCCUUCCCUCCACGACUGAACGUGCAGUUAAAAAACCAGUCUAGUAUUUGUACUGAUAUACUCAUGGACUUUAGGGGACGCUCAUUUGGUUUUGAUCAGUGUAGCAAAUUAGGGAUGAAAAGACAAACCUUUCUGGCCCUUUAUUUUGUUUCUCCAGGCUUCUCCCUUGCAGGGUUUUAGUCCUUUCUUCUGAAGCCGAUGCAUGUAUUAUAGCAGCAGGUGUCUGUGCUCUCUGAUCAUAGUAAUGUACUACUUGUAAAUACAUUUUUCUAUUUUCUAUUUUUUUGUAAUUUUUUUUGGCAUUUUGUUUCAUUGGUGUGCUGUAUUUUCCAUGCCCUCACUCCUUUAAGAAAAAAAAGGAAAAAAACACAAUCCUGUCCUUGCUGUUGUGAUUAUAGUCUUGGUUUACCUGUGGGGACAAAUGUCAAGUGCCCCUCUGAGAUGCGCGCGACAUUCCGGGAAUCGCGGAAGGAGCAAGCUGCCUGCGCCCUUAGGCUCUGCCCCUGGGCUGUGGGCUGUGGGCUGUGCUGGGAGCCGCGUCCCCGUGGUAACGCGAGUGUCCGCCUGCCUCCGCCUGAGCAGCCCGGCCGCAUGAGAAGUGCCCAGAGCUCAGCAGAGGCCUGGAGCUGCCUGCGCGCCUGACAGCGGAGGCUGGGAAGCGCUUGGGCCGUGAUUUCUCCCGUAAGCAGGUGACCCGCCCGUCUUGACCUGUGUAAUCCGUGGUUCCUGUUGCCUGAAGGCACCGUGGGCGGAGCGCGCAGGCAGUGCUUGCGCUUGUCUGGGGAGCGAGAAGCGGUCGGGGUGGUGCAUUCCUCUGUGUGUCUUCAAAUCCUGCUGAGGGCUGUUUUGUUUUUUGUUGUUUUGUUGUUUUGGUUUUUUUUUAAAUAAAUGACUCCUUUCUAGA